CUAGUUCAGUGAUAAAUAGCCGAUUGCCUGGUCACUUUUUUUUGAGCUAUAAAUAUUGAGUCAAAAGUUUAAAUCGGUAUCAUUGUUUCUAGCAUCGUUUUUCAGUGACAACCAACUCAACAACAAUCAACAUGUUAAAGUUAGCUCUGCUGAUUGCCAUUCUGUCCUGUGCCUAUGCCGGAAAUGUCGAAACUGUGCACUCCUAUUCUGCACCAAUUGGAGCACAUCACUCUCCGGCCACCGCUCUCAGCUACACCACUGUCACCCAUCACGUUUCACCGGCUCUGACCCAAGGGUAUCCCCAUUCAGUUCCUGUCCUGGCCGCUCCAACCCACGGAUAUGCAGCUCCACUGAACAACCAUCACGUGUACGGACACAACUUUGCCCCUGCUCACUCCUAUGAACAAGGCUACGCUCAAUACGUGGCGCACAAUAACUACGGAUAUCACAGCCAUGGAGCCCCUGUAGCCGCUAAAGCUGUCGUUGUUGCCCAGGCUCCUCUUUAUCAACACAACGCCUAUGCCAGCCAUGCUGUUGCCGCUCCAGUUUUGGUAGCUGCCAAUGGGUACAAUAACGUCAACGGUGGAGUUCAUCAUCUGGGCUACAACAAUCAUCAGGGACAUCAUGCUUAUUAGAUGUACUUCAAAGGAUAGCUGACACAUUGUGAUAAUUACUAUUGGAAUAUUAUAUUGAACACAAAAUAAUAAAACUCAUAUUUAUUUAUAAA